AUGACUGUGACUAUGACUACGACUUCCGUUGAUGACUUUUCUAACAGCUACCUGCCAGUACGGCAGGUAGUUUUGCUGUUUAGUACCGUGCUCGUGGUAUCGAUUAUCUACUCUAUAGCAAUUUGUUUUUAUCGCCUAUAUCUUCACCCAUUGGCGAAGAUCCCAGGCCCUUUUUACGCCAAAGUCACUCACCUAUACUCAUUCUUCUAUAACUUCUGGUGCAGAGGCAAGUUCUACAUCAAGAUAGAAGAAUUACACAACAUAUAUGGACCCAUUAUCCGCAUUACCCCCGAUGAAAUCCACCUCAGUGAUCCGGAGAAUUACGAUGAGAUCUAUCGCAUUGGUUCUAAGUACUCGAAAAGUCCACCUUUUUAUCACGCCUUCGGAACCGAUAAGGCAACUUUUACCAUGGCGAGCAAUGCAGCACACCGUGUGAAACGCGCGGCACUAAACCCGUUCUUCUCGCGCAAGAGGGUUCUUGAGCUGGAAGAAGUGGUUCAGCAAAAAGCAACCAAAUUAGAAGCUCGCAUUCGGUCUGCACUGAGCGAGCAGGGCUAUAUUGACCUACAUCAUGGUUUUCGAGCGAUAUCGGUCGACGUAAUUACCGACUAUGCUUUUGAUAAUUGUUACAGUUUUUUGGAUCAAUCUGACUUCGGUGUCGACUUCUUCAAUAUGAUCCGUGACUUUGGUCCCGGGUUCUGGUUUUUCCAGCAGUUUCCUGUUCUGCAGCCCUUAGCUUUUGGUCUUCCAUUCUGGCUCGUGAAGAUGAUCGAUGGACCGUUGAAAAGAAUGAUGAUGCUACACAAUAGCAGUCGUCGGCAGAUUCUCCGCGUCAAGAGUGAUAUCGACGUGGACAAAAGAUCCCAAAGGGCAAAAGAACGACCAACGAUCUUUCACCAGCUGCUUAGCCCGGAUGCUGCUCAGAAUUAUGUUGUGCCCACGGUAGAUGAACUUAAAGAUGAAGCAUAUAUCAUUCUUGCCGCUGCUGCCGAUACGACAGGCAAUGCAAUGACCGUAGCUACCUACAAUACUGUUCUGAACCCGGAAAUCUAUAGUACAUUGACCGCGGAGCUUAGAGAGGCGUUUCCAGACGCGAGUGCUCAUCUAGAUUUUAUUACGCUUGAGAAACUGCCGUAUCUUUUGACGCUUUGGAAGACUGCCGUUAUCAAGGAGGCGCUUAGGCUAUCCUAUGGAGUCAUUGGACGUCUUCCAAGGGUCGUUCCCGAUUCUGCAGCCGAAUUUCACGGGUAUCAUAUACCUAGUGGAACACUGGUCAGCAUGAGUUCCUGGACAAUGCAUCAUAAUGAAGAUAUCUUCCCCGACUCUGGAAAUUUUGAUCCUUCGAGAUGGCUGGGUCAGUCCGCUGCAGUGAGAAAGGCCGAACACAACCUUGUCGCUUUUGGAAAGGGUUCAAGGCAGUGUGUCGGUAUGCCUCUAGCAUAUUGCGAAUUGUAUGUUACUCUUGGUAGGCUGUUUCGGCAUUUCGACAAUUUAUCAACGGACCGCAAGCCUCGCGAGGAUUUAUAUUACAACGAUUAUUUUUCAUCGUACCAUUCUGAGGAGAACAACAAGUUUAUCUUCAGGCAGGCCCAAUCAAUUCGCAUACGCUCCAAUGACUUUUGA